AUGGUCCAGCGCGGAGACAUUCAAGAGAGGAUGGAACCCGCCAUCCGAAUGCGUUGUGUUGGUAGCCCCGAAAUCGAAAAAUACCAAGAGGAUGAUACUGAACCACCCGCGACGAAAUAUAACCGUGAGGGCAUCCUUGGUUUUUUCAGUGGUAUCGAACGGACUGCCGCCGAUGAAAUUGAAUGUUUGGCUGCAAACAUUUCAUUCACUGAAGAGGAGGAAGCAGUUGUCAGGCGCAAGCUGGACCUGCGCAUUCUUCCCAUCGUUUUGAUAAGUUGGAUUUUCGACCAAUUGGAUCGUAUCAACAUUGGAAAUGCCCACGUUUUGUCUGGAUUCAACAAGAAAUACGGAAUCGAGACUAACCAACAAUGGACUCUUCUCCUUUCCGUUUUCUAUAUUGGCUACUGUCUUCUCGAGAUUCCAUCAAAUAUUUUGCAGCGACACAUCGGUGCCAAUCGUUUCUUCUUCCUUAGCUUGUCCUGGUGGGGUCUUAGCUCUUUAAGCUUCGUGUAUGGUCGGCGUUACAUUGUAGCCAUCAUUCUUCGGAUCCUUCUGGGUAUUGGCGAGGCAGGAUUCUACGCAGGAAUGAUUUACUAUCUCUCUUUCUGGUACAAUCGCAGGGAGCUGGCAUUCCGUAUCUCACUUUGCACGACUGGUACCAUUCCUGGCUGGUUGGGAGGAUUCAUGGCGUAUGGUCUCGCUAGACUUCAUUCUCCUGUCCUUUCUGGUUGGCAAUUCCUCUAUCUCAUCGAGGCGAUUCCUUCCCUUGUCAUGGCUAUUGUUGUUCUCCUUUGGCUCCCACCUUUCCCUUUCGCCGCUCCAUUCUUGACCAAGAGGCAAAGAGCCAUUGCUGUUGCAAGACUGAGGGACCACAGGCCAAAGAGUCAUGGUGGUACUUCUGGGUGGCAGGCUUUCAAACUCGUUGUGAAGGAUCCCCAUUCAUGGGGCUUCGCCCUUCUUUACUCCAGCUUCGUGCGUGUCCUCACUCCUUGCAACGUUUGUAUUGCUGCGAUCAGUUAUUUCUUGCCUACGCUUAUCGAGCAGUUUGGAUUCACUCCCAUUCAAGCUCAAGUUCUUACUUCUGGUCCCUACGUUUCUGGGAUGUUGUUCGUCUGGUUCCAAGCUUGGCACAGCGACAAGACCCAAGACCGGGGCUUCCACGUCAUGGGUUCCUCUUUUGUUGCCUUCUCUGGCUAUGUGAUUCUUGCUAUCUACGAACAGAAGAACCAUCGUGUUUCUUACGUUGCCACGUACCUCGUCGUCGCUGGCACUUAUAGCUUCUUCCCACUGGUGAUGAGUUGGGCCGCCAACACCAUGGCUCCUACCCCGAAACGUGGUGUUGGGACAGCUUUCAUGGUCUCCCUUUCCAAUGUUGCCACCAUUGCCGCUCCCCAAGUUUAUUUCGACCCUGGGGAUUCUUUCAGGAGAGCACACGCUAUGUUCGCAGGCUUCAUGUUACUUACAUUCUCGUCGGCCUUCAUCCUCCGGACCCAAUUUGCCUACCUCAACAAGAAGCGUGAUCGGGUUCUUGCAAUCCUUCCUCGUGAAGAGAGGCAGAAGCUGGAGGGCACACCUAGACUCGAGGAUAUUGCCGAUAGCGACUUGAGAUUCAGAUAUAUGACAUAA